AUGACGCUGCAGCUGAAUGCGUCCUUUGGCCACCUUGGCGGCGCCCCCAAGGAGGGACACGACGCACAACGCGCCGUCACCGCCCAAUCCAAGCCGGAUUUUGGGCUUUCACCCGGGAGGAGGAACAGGGGUGGAAAGGGGAAGGGCCUCUGCAGCACCUCCAAGGAGGAGACGGCGUUGGGGACGUCGCUGCUGCCAAGCCGGCCACGCCGGCCAACGGUUUCCCGCGGCCCAAAACCAGACCACCGGUCACCCACCCACAUCUUACCGGCGCUCGGAGGGAGGCAGGCAAGAAGCGGCGGGGACGAGGAAGACAGGGGAAAGGAGCCACCCUCAGAUCUGACGAGGAGGGGAGACCUCCGCGCCGCCGCCGCCACCCGCCGACGCCUCACCACCCGCGUGGUCGAGGCCGCCGGCCAGAGCACACCCGCCAACGACGACGGCCGAGACAGCGCCGCCGCCUCGCCAAGAAGGGCCGCCGCCCCAGAUCCGAGGUCCUCCUCGAGGAAAGGAGCGACCGAGGCCUCGCCGCCACCUUCACGGGCGGCCGCACGCGCGGAUCCGGCGGCUAACUCAGGUGGCGGCGAGGGAGGGAGGUGGUUUCAGCCUGCUCAUGCUGCAAUGGGGGGAAACCCGAAGCAGCAGCCAGAACCUCCUCCAGUGGGGACAGGUGCGACUGGCGAGGAAGGCAGGGUGUCGUCCCGCUGCAACCUGCCCCAAGUAUUUGAUCAUUUUGGAGAGCAAGCGGGCAACAUUAUCAAGCCAGAACCAAAUCCCCUCCCCCGACGCCACCCGCGGGGCGUCGAGGAGGGCCUUCGAUCUCCGCCACCAGCAACCCUCCGCAUCCCUCCUCCAGCCUCACCGCCGCCAAAAGGCGCGGCCGGGCGAAGCCCGACCGGCGCCGGCGGCGGCGGGGCUUGGCUUCUCCCUCGCGCGGCGGGUGUGGCGCGGGCCGACCUCCUUGUGUCAGGGCGCGGCGGCGUUCCAGCGUGCUUCUUCCGCACGGGCGUGGCGGCGACGUGA